CGUGUCUUUUCAAGUUUCAACUAAACUAAACUCCGUCAGUUUGAGUUCACUACUAGGAACUUCAACUUCCAGCCCACCUCAAAAGAAGCUAAAACUUUUCUCACUCUUGAUUCUUUUUCAUUUUCCUUUCUGGGGUUUUGGGUUUCCUCUAGAUUUCCUUUACGAGGUUUUAAACAAAUUUUUAAAUUCUGAGCUCGUUUUGCUUACUUCUCUAAACCUUCAUAAAUAUUACUAUUAUUGUUUGUUGCAGAAAAGAAACAAGAAGAUUCAUUACAAAUGGCUUUGAUUCUUCUUAUUCUUUUUCUUCACUUAUCAGUCUCCGCCGUCUCCGCUGAUGAAGAUGCCUUCAUUGGUGUGAACAUUGGUACAGACCUUUCAGACAUGCCAAGCCCAACUCAGGUAGUGGCCCUCCUCAAGGCUCAGAAUCUUAGACAUGUCAGGCUCUAUGAUGCUGACCAAGCCAUGCUUCGUGCCCUUGCCAAUACUGGAAUCCAAGUGACUGUUUCUGUUCCCAAUGAUCAGCUCCUUGGUAUUGGUCAGUCCAAUGCCACUGCAGCCAACUGGGUUGCUCGCAAUGUUAUAGCUCAUGUCCCUGCCACCAACAUCACUGUCAUUGCUGUUGGAUCCGAAGUCCUCACAGUGCUCCCGAAUGCAGGUCCAGUCUUAGUCUCUGCUUUGAAGUAUAUCCAUUCCGCCCUAGUUGCCUCUAAUCUUGAUGGCCAAAUUAAAGUCUCUACCCCACAUUCUUCUUCUAUCAUACUUGACUCCUUUCCUCCAUCUCAAGCUUUCUUUAAUCGCUCCUGGGAUCCAGUCAUGGUUCCGCUGCUAAAAUUUUUGCAGUCCACCAGUUCUUCCCUUAUGCUCAAUGUAUAUCCAUAUUAUGAUUACAUGCAAUCUAAUGGUGUAAUUCCAUUGGACUAUGCUCUUUUCCGCCCCCUCCCUCCUAAUAAGGAAGCAGUGGAUGCUAACACUCUUUUACAUUAUACUAAUGUCUUUGAUGCUAUCGUUGAUGCUGCAUAUUUUGCAAUGUCUGAUCUAAACUUUACCAAUAUCCCAAUUGUCGUGCUGGAGUCUGGCUGGCCUUCAAAGGGUGACUCAUCUGAACCAGAUGCAACAAUUGAUAAUGCUAACACAUACAACAGUAACUUGAUCAGGCAUGUGCUUAAUAACACAGGAACACCUAAACACCCUGGGAUUGCAGUCAGCACCUAUAUUUAUGAGCUUUACAAUGAAGAUACGAGACCUGGAUCAGUCUCUGAGAAGAACUGGGGGCUUUUUGAUGCCAGUGGAGUACCAGUAUAUGUCUUACAUUUGACAGGUGCUGGGACUGUUUUGGCUAAUGACACUACAAACCAAACCUUUUGUGUUGCAAAGGAUGGUGCUGACCGGAAGAUGCUACAGGCAGCACUUGAUUGGGCUUGUGGUCCUGGAAAAGUUGAUUGUUCAGUGUUAUUGCAAGGUCAGCCAUGUUAUGAGCCAGAUAAUGUGAUUUCACAUUCAACAUAUGCUUUCAAUGCUUAUUUUCAACAAAUGGGUAAAUCUCCUGGGACCUGUGAUUUUAAAGGGGUGGCUACCAUCACUACAACAGAUCCAAGUCAUGGUUCUUGUAUAUUUCCUGGAAGUAAUGGAAGAAAUGGCACUAUAUCAACAAAUGGAACAUCACUGGCUCCCUCAUCAAAUUCAACAGCUUCUGGAUGCCCUUCACAGUGCUUCCAUGGUGGUAACAUUGUCACAAACUCGGUGAUUAUUGGAAUAUUACUUGUGAGUGCAGUUUUCUUGUAGAAAUACACACUGGAGAUUUGCGCAUCUCUCUGCUGGGCAGUGGAAUCUCACAGAACAUUCAGUCUUGUUUCUGUUGGGAACCUGCAGUACACCCAAUUUUGUUCCUCCCAAAAGGAGAUCUAGGGUGGCAAAUUUAAUCAAAAAUGCGGCGACAACUGCUAGUAUUUCUCAAACAAGUUCAUUGGAUAUUGUUGUAACUAUCUUGUUAGGCUUAAUUUGAUUGUAUUCUUUGAUCAGGAUUUCUGAGGUGUGCAUUUUUACCUGUAGCAUGAUUGUUCAUAUGGUCAAACAGACAUUACCAAAUUGAACUUUUUCUGUAAGAUUAAGCAAUAUGGUCUCAUUUAAAUGAAUAAAACUAUACGUAUAUAUAAAUUUCUACAAACUGAAGAAAGUAA